CACACACAUCCAUAGGCAGUGAGUGGAGGGGAGAACGGCUUUAGUGAGGAUUUGCUCUGUAUUAACCCUGACAGGGAGCACAGAGCCAGCUGGAGUACCAGGAAAACUGGCUAAACAGACCUGGAGGAAAACAGAGAAAAGCAACAGUGAGGUAUGAAGUACAGUGCCACUAAAGAGGGCUGUAGAUUGAAAUAGGGGUCCUCAGAGCAACAGCUAAUGACUCAAAGUACAGCACUAAAGAAAAAAGACUAAUUUUAAAAGUACUGUGCAUUUCGAAAGAUGUUCAUGUAAGAUUGGUAACGACUGGUCCAGAGACGGCAGGACGGAGCGCGAUGGGGCACCCUGGUGUGCCCCUCUCACACAAAUGCAUGCAUUCCCAAAGAGAUAAAAAAAGAUGCAGUCAACAGCAACCCUACACAUCAAAUGACAAUUUAAACAAUGCCUUAGGCGCUAUCAGAGUCCUUGGUGUGGAGCUCAUUGAAGAUGAGCUUAAACCCCAUUUGAACACAGUGAUGACCAGCAUUAAGGAGAGGAAGAAAGGUUCUGGUGAGCAGGUGGUGAUCAGUGGGGUCCUGCCAAUCCUUGCCCUGACUUUGAGGCGCAGAGGGCCUCUGGGCGUGCUAACUGCAAAAUUAGUGGCUGAACUUGCAAAGGAAUCUGUGGUUCGUAAAGGUUUUGGUGAAACAGGCCUGGUUGCAGCUUUGCUGUCGGUGCUGACCAGUACAGACCAAGAGCUGCUUUUUCAUGCAGCAAGGACCAUCUCACGCAUGUCUUAUGAAAGCUCUAAGCUGCAGGAACUGUUACUACGCCAAGGUGCGGUGCCUCGCCUUGUUGCCAUCCUGCUGCAGUUUCCUGAUAAGGAGGCCCUAGGGGAUGUGUGCCUUCAGGCCCUCUGUAACAUCAGCGGAAUGGGAUUAGCAGAAGAGGCUGGAAGGGUGUGGGAGAGAGGAGCAUCUGUGAGGCCAGGGGAGUCUGUGUUUCAUGGUGUUUCUCCCCACACCUGUGGUUUUGCAUCUUCUGUGACUCUGGUGCGUGUGUCUCAGUGGGGACCAGGUCAGUACGCAGUCAGCAUCGAGGUUUUCCAGCGUUGCUCCUCGUCUUUCUGGAACCUUCAUGGGAAUAAACAGACUGCUCAUUGGUCCCCCUUUUCCAGCUUAGGAAGCUGCUCAAAUUUGUACAAGCUGAUUAAGUUCUCUACAAGGAAUAUUCCUCGUACGAAAAGUCUGAAGACCCGUGUAUUCCACACUUUCCUCUGACAGCUUAAAAAUGUGGUGGCCUAAAUUAAUUGGACUAUAAAACCCUGAGGGGAUUACAUCACCCUCAAAUUGUUGAUAUGCACCAUAACAUCAAGGGUAUUUUUACAUACCCUAAAUGUCGACAUGCACAAAUGUCUCUGGGCUCUUCCUGUUUACUCAGAUUUUUCUGAUUUCUUCUUUUUCUUGCUCUCACUUUGUAAGGUUGAGCAAUCAAGAAACUUAUUUAUUUUCAGAAAUGCUAACUUUUCCAACUACAUGCAUGGUUACACAUAUAGGGCAAUUCUGCUGUUUUAGGACCCCAUGCCACAAAGUGCUGUUUGUAUUUGAGCUAUAAGUGGAUCAAGGAUUAGAUAAAAAUUACUAUAAAUCAUGUUACAUCCAAAAAAUUCUGUAGUGAUGCUCCUCAUGUUGAAUGAUUUCACAAGUGCUUUAAAUUAUUGCAAAUUCCUAUUCAAGGCAGCAACAUUGAGAAUGUUCUUUUCUGAAGUAUAUCGGUUAUGUAUUGUAUUAUUGCUGAUGUGAUUCAGUGUUGUCCUAUA